AUGUGCCGUGGGCGUCUGCCGCCGCGGCAGAGGGACGAGGACGAGGACGAGGGCGGGGAAGAGGCGCGACCGUUACGGCCCGAUCGGCGAGUUCCUCGGAUGGCCGCGGCGGCGGCGCUGCUGGGGGACGCGGCGGAGCUGGAGCGGACGAUGGGGCGACUGGCGGAGACGUACGCGGAGCUGGUUGUGCUGCGUGCGCAGCUGGCGGAGGCCACGGAGCUGCUGGAGCGGAGCCGCGCUCAGCUGGCGGAGCUCGGCCGCCGCCUUGCGGAGGAGCGCGCCUUCAAGGAGAGGCUCCUCGCGGUCAAAGCCGCCGCACUCUCCUCCUCCUCCUCCGAUCCCGGCGAGGCGCCGCGCCGCCCCCUGGGUGGCCGACCCGAUGAAGCUUCCUCUGCAAAUUAG